UCAAGCGUGGGAAUCUUAUGUUCAAGUUACAUAUCAUCGACUUGGAUAUUUCUGUAAUUCGCUAUUUUCACAGGCAUGGCAGCUCCGGCGACGGCGAGUGGCAAGUGAAGCGCCGACCGGCCACCGCCAUAUAUAUCAUCGAACCACCCGUCCGUUGUCACUUUUAGCUCGCUGAAAUGACGACUGCCAUGGGACCUCCACCGCCAAGAAACCCUUCCUCCUCUUCUCCAAUGGAUUCCGAUGCCGGAACCCUGGAUGGAGAUUCAACCUCUUCUUCCACGGCAACAAUGGCCUCCAUGGGUCCUCCUCCUCCGAAAAUUCCCACUCCUCCUGACUCUGAACCCCCAGCCCAGACCACAACUCAAGACGACGGCGACGAAUCACUAGUGAAUUCGAUCAAUUUCGAUGCUUCAGAGCCCGUUGAGAAGGUUUCAAAUGUCUCCGUGUCUGAGAAAGCCGUGGAACUACUGGCUUCUAAGCAAUCACAGAGCUUAGCGGUGCCAUACACCAUUCCUUCUUGGAGUGGAGCUCCCUCCCAUCGUUUCUUUUUGGAGGUUCUGAAGGAUGGAUGCAUUAUUGAUCAAUUUGAUGUGUAUGAGAAGGGGGCUUAUAUGUUUGGACGCGUGGAUCUAUGCGAUUUUGUUCUGGAGCAUCCAACCAUUUCUCGCUUUCACGCUGUUCUCCAAUUUAGAAGUGAUGGAUAUGCAUACCUUUAUGAUCUUGGAAGUACUCAUGGAACUUUUAUUAAUAAGAAUCAGGUGAAGAAAAGGAUUUUUGUGGACUUGCAUGUUGGUGAUGUCAUUCGAUUUGGCCAUUCAUCUCGCUUGUACAUUUUUCAAGGGCCAAAUCAUUUGAUGCUACCUGAAGCAGACUUGACAAUGGUAAAAAAGGCUAAGAUUCGGGAAGAUUCUCUGGAUCGAGAAGCUUCACUUCGACGAGCUCGACAGGAAGCAUCUCUUGCUGAUGGUAUAUCUUGGGGUAUGGGAGAAGAUGCUGUUGAAGAGGCUGAGGAUGAAGUUGAGGAAGUCACGUGGCAAACGUACAAAGGACAACUUACAGAAAAGCAGCAAAAAACUCGUGAAAAGGUUUUAAAAAGAACCGAAAAGAUUGCUCAUAUGAGGAAAGAAAUUGAUGCAAUUCGUGCUAAAGACAUUGCUCAAGGUGGAUUGACACAAGGGCAGCAAACUCAGAUUGCUAGGAAUGAACAAAGAAUUACUCAGAUCUUGGAAGAACUCGAAAACUUGGAAGAGACACUGAAUGAUAGCAUUAGGGAAAGUCUUGGUGCUCGUUCUGGGAUCCGAUCACGCGGUAAGAAGCAAGGAGUGGAAGACGAUGAAGAACUUUUAAGUGAUGAUGAUGACUUCUAUGACCGCACAAAGAAGGCUUCAAACAAAAAGGCUGGUGAAAACCAAUCAGUUGAAACUGCUGAUUCUCUACUUGAUAAGAGAGAUGCCAUCAUGAAAGAAAUGGAAGAAAAAAGAGGAUUGCUUUUGAUUGAGGAGAAAAAAAUGGAAUCACCUACAGAUUUGGAAACUGGCAAUGAUGCUCUUGAUGCUUACAUGUCAGGGCUUUCAUCUCAACUAGUGCUUGACAAAACCACCAAACUACAGAAUGAAUUGUCGUCUCUUCAGCCAGAACUAGAUAGAAUUUUGUACCUGUUGAAAAUUGCUGACCCGUCAGGAGAAGCUGCCAAGAAAAGGGAUUCAGCUACGGCCAAGAAAAGUGAUACAAAACUAGAAGAAGCAAAGCCUGAAAAAUUAAAAGCCCCCCCAUCUGUUAAUGGGAAACCAAGGAAGGAGCCAAUAAAAGACAGUGGUUCGGAAGAACGACUGGUAGAUGCCAAACAAGAAGUGAAAACCACACAAGAAAGUGUUGAAACUGACCAGGCAGUUACCGAAAAGAUUGUGGAUGAUACUAAAGAUAAAAAAACUACCAGUUAUACUGUUGUAAAGCCCCAGUGGCUUGGGGCAAUUGAAGAAAUGAAGUCAGAGGACGUUCAGAAGGAUGCUGCACCAUUGGAUAUACAAAACGAAUCUGACGAUUUUGUUGACUACAAAAACAGGAAAGAGGUUCUGGGAAGUUCUGUUGACCAGCCUGCAAGGGUGGAUUCUGUGAUUGAGAAUGCUGCCCCAGGUUUGAUUUUGAGAAAACGGAAGCAAGAAGAGAAAUCUGACGGUCACUUGGAUGCCUUGCAACAGUCAACAUCAUCUUCCGAGGCAGAGAGAGCAGAACUCAAGGCAGAAGAUGCUGUGGCUUUGCUGUUAAAGCAUAAAAGAGGGUAUCAUGGAUCAGAUGAGGAGGAACGACAUGAAAGCAAACGCUCGACAGGCCGGAACAGAUCAAAAAAGGAUGAGAAGAAGUCCAAGAGGGUACUUGGUCCUGAAAAACCGUCAUUUCUCGAUACAAAAGCUGAUUAUGAAUCAUGGAUUCCCCCUGAGGGACAAUCAGGUGAUGGAAGAACAGCAUUAAAUGAACGAUAUGGCUAUUAAUGUUCCCUUAUUUCUCAAAACAUUGAUCUUAAAUUGGGAUUUCCCUCCCACUCUUGCUGGAAAGAUGCAAAUUACAUCAUCGAUCCAGCUAACGAAGGAAGCGAGCUGAUUAUUCAACGCUACUGAGGCACAUAGCUUUCGUUGGAAUGUGUUGCAUCAAAUCCAAAAAUCCAAGGAAGUUGAAAUUCAGGCAAAGAUGUUGAUGAACUUUGGGAUUGGCAAGCUUGGAAAAGUUGCUUAAUCCGAGGGCAAGAGAAGAUAUAAUUGGAGGACUUGUAAAAGUAUAUGCUCUCUUAUUGUGGAAGGAGUAGUGUUGUAACAUACAAGGGCAGUUCUUUUGUUCAAAUAGGUAAUGGUUCUUUAAGUCUCGAUGCAUAAAUACCAGCUAACGGUACGGAUCAGCUGUUACGUUCUUGGGGGUUAUUAUAGUUUUUUCCCCCAACUCCUUUGUAUGAAGAUCUGAGUGGGGAUGAAGACUCUAUAUAGGAAAGAAGUAAUUUUCUAUUACCAUUUA